AAAAACGCCCCCAAUAUACUUGAACAACCAUCAUCAUCAGCAGGAGGACGCUUCAUCGUGGUGGAGUGCGGGUGUUAAUGCUUUUCCAUAAUUUCGUUUUGGGAAAAAAAUUCUCAAAGCGAAGAUGGCUAAUUCAGAUAAAGUGGAUAUUGUAAACAGCGUCAACGACGUAGAAAAAGUGAUUCCUAGCAGUAACUUCGGCAUGACUUUUGGAGACAACAAAUUGUCGACCAGGGAGACAAUUCUCGGUGUCGUGGCAGUGGUGUUCUUUCUAAUUGCCAUUGUAGUUAUAGCAUUAUUUGCCGCUGGUGUCGGCAAUCCGCCUCCUGCUCCAGAUUUAUGCUUGACUAAAGGAUGUAUGCGGGAGGCGUCAAGGAUGAUUAAUUUUAUGAAUGCCUCUGUUAAUCCCUGUGAUGACUUCCAUACCUUUGCAUGUGGCAAUUUUCCUAACUUUGCACAAAUUACGAGCGGUAAUAAUGAAAGGACGGUACUACGCGACGCCGCCACUUUUAACGAAGGCAAACUGCGAAGGGUAUUAGGCGCACCUCUUCAGCGAAAUGUGGAUUGGUCAUAUGAAAGAAAAGCUAAGGAACUUUUUUCUUCUUGCAUGAACGGAUACGAAAAUCAAAAAGCGGGCGGAAAGCCAAUGAUAGAUUUGGUAAACCAGAUAGGCCCGUGGUAUGUGUUUAACACGAUGGGGAUAUCAAAUUGGGACUUCCAAAAUGCGCUGCAGAAGGUUCACGUGGACUUUUGGAUCAACGCCCUCUUUUCGUACACCGUCGCCCCCGAUGAGUUGGACACCAGCAAGAGAGUGGUUGAGAUUGACUAUAGUGGUCUUGGCAUGUACUGGGGAUACUACAUUUCUACAUCUUCAUAUGCAGCUAAGGUACAAGAUGCAUAUAAGGGUUUCAUGAGAACAGUUGCCGGCUACAUGGUGAGAGAUAAUGCUAUGAACCCCACAGACAACACAGUGAAGAUCAACAUCGAACAGUUUGUUAACGACGCUUAUCAAUUUGAGUACCAGUUAGCCAAUGUAACAGCCUAUACCCAGCCUUCCCCAGACCCUCACGCUCCCGGAAACAGGAAGAAAAUCUCAGAACUCAAUACAGUAGCUGACCAGGUGAACUGGGUCAGUUUCUUCCAGUACAUGUUUGGUAGUAAUAAUGUGAACGGAGACACGUAUGUCGUGCUCUUAGAGGCUGACUACCUCCAGAAGAUGAGCAAUAUGAUUAAAAACUGGGACCCUAAUUCGAAGACAAGAGUGCUGAAUAAUUACCUGAUGUGGCGCCUGAUGCAGGCAUAUGCCCAGGACUUGUCUUGGGAAUACGUCCAUGCCAAUAGAGAGUUCUACGUAGCUAGGACAGGCAGGGCUCAGUUCUUGGGGACAUAUCGCUUCUGUUUUAACUACAUGAAGAGUAAGAUGCCGGAUGCUCUCGGGGCACUGUUCGUUCAAGACCAUUUUGCUGAUAAUGCCAAAAGCGAGGUUGACGCAAUAGUCUCUCGACUGAAGCAAACCAUUGCGACUCGCAUUCAGCAGGCGACAUGGAUGGAUGCAUCGACUAAGAAAUAUGCAAGUUCGAAGAUGCAAUCAGUGGUAGACAAAAUUGCCUAUGACACGGCUGCUGUCAGUCACGACUACCUGGACAGGAAGUAUGAUUCUUUGAAAAUCAAUGCAACAAACUACUUCUCCAACAUCCUGAGCAUGAACGCUUUUGAGAAAAAUGACUGGACAAACCAGUUGGUAAGAGGGCAAGACAAGACUAAAUGGCGCUAUAACACCUAUGACGUAGUGGCCCACAUGUACAAUCCCUGGAACGAGAUCAUCGUCCCAGCAGGCUUGUUUCAGUUCCCUAUCUAUACCAGAAUUAUGCCCCAGCACGCACGCUUUGGUGCCAUGGGAUCCAUUGUCGCACACGAACUGAUGCACGGCAUCGAUGAGUAUGGUGGCUAUUUCCUGAAGAAUGGCACUGUAUUUGACUGGUGGAGUAAUAAAACUACUGUAGAUUAUUUGAAAAGCAAACGCUGCGUGUCCGACUACUAUACUAAUAUGACUGUGGGCUUCAGAAUACCUAACAGCGAGGGCACGGUGGAAACGAGGAAAGUUCCAAUUAAUGCCAGACGGUAUGCAUUUGAAGGGCUGACGGAAACAGCGGGAGUGCGUAUGGCUUAUUAUGCGUACAAAGAUUGGGUCAGUCAGAAUGGAGCGGAGAAGCAAGUCCCGGGACUGAAUAAAAAUAACGAGCAGGCCUUCUUCAUCAGUUACGCACAGACAAACUGUUUCAACAGGAAUGAGGGAUACGGAUACUCCCAGGCAAUGCAGGGCAGUUAUCCAGAGAGUUUCAAAGUAAACACGGCUUUAGCACAGUUGGAUGAGUUCGUGCAGGCAUUUAGCUGUCCCGCAGGCUCCACAAUGAAUGCAGAUAAAAAGUGCAACGUUUAUUAAGAGGAAAAUGUCCAUUCCUAAGCCACGAACGCCACAGUUUCGUACCACCACAUCGUAUCAUAAGACAUAGCUUGAGUGAGCAUGCGAAUAUGGCUAACUGACGCGAAAGGAGACGGGAAAAAGUGCAUUUUUCUACCAUGUUGAUUUCAGAUGAUUCUAAUUCACAUAGACCAUGACCCUAUUGUACUUUUCUCGUCUGUAAAGUUAGAUGCUUCGCUAAUAACAUUCAUCUAAAAAAAUAACAGAGGACAAUCAUAUCUUCGUUAGAUGGUAAACCGUUAUCCAUGAGUACAAAAAUCAUUGUGCACAAAGUGAAAUCUCUCCAUUGUAAGUUCAUUACUUAUCCAGAAUUAACAAAGGUCGGGUUCGCAGAGCGACAAUAAUUAAUUUACUUAUCUUUUUAAUCAAUUUUAGUAUUAUCAGUUUAUUUAUUUGUUUGAUAUUUGUCAUCCAUUAUAUUGAGGUUAAGAUAUAUAUCUAUAAUUUUAAUUUGUUUUAAGCAUCAUUUUUUGUUUCAGUAAAUAGCAUUUUCAGAAAUCUUGUUGAUGAGGAAUUGAUUGAUAAAUUGUUGAGUUUAUAAAUAUAUAGGUAUUCAUACUUAAAAUUUGUUUAUACAAACUUGAAAUAAAAUGACUUAACUAAUGAUUA